AUGAUGGGAUCUGGCGGAGGGGAGGAGGGCCCCGGUGGAGGGCUGGACGGGGGUCGUUCUUCCGACGACCGGGACGUGAGGAGGGGCUGUGCGGGGCCGGCAGCCUCGCCUGAGGUGACGGGGGUCGGCGGCGGAGGCAGCGCGCCGGGCACCGAGGGAAAAAGCGGCGAUGACGGGACGGGGAGGGGAGCCCGCGCCGAACCGGGCGGCAAAGGGAGGGGAACCGUGGCGGCAGUGGAAACCGGCGGCUGUGGUUCCAGCAGGAGCGGCGGCUGUAACUCGGAAGGGAGCAGGAUCGGCGCAGAGCCGGGCACCGGAGAGAGUGGGAUUCCGCCGGGAGCGGCAGCGGGCGGCGGCGGCGGGACCGCUUCAGGAUGGUGCCGCGGCGGAAACGGGUCGGUGGGAAAAAACAGCGGCGCGCAGGUUUUGGAGUCGGGACGGGGUCGGAACGUCCACGGGACAGUAGAAGGGGGCCGCGGGGGAUUCCCGAGCGGCUAUGGAGUCGCGGCAGGCGUGGGUUGUUCCCUCUUCCGAUCUUCCCGAGCGGCUAUGGAGUCGCGGCAGGCGUGGGUUGUUCCGCGUGUGGGCUGGGCGAUGGCGAGUCCGUGCAGCGCGGGGGAGGGGCGCCGCCGCCGCAUGGCCUGCAAGUGGGGGGGUGCCGUGCUGCGCAGCCACGGCAGCAUCUGCGGAGGGUGA